AUGCCUAUUUCCGCUGCUCAAACUCAAGAUCGAAUCGAAAAUGAAUUGAACAACAUGCAUUCAAAGAACGAGGUGCUAUAUACUGGAAACAUUGGCGAUGCCGAUAUUGGAUCACUUCGUCCAGUUUCGGGCUCGUCACUGGAUCCAAACGAACUGGUGGAUGAUAGCCACACUUCUACGUCUGACGUCCUUGUCAAUCAAAGAGGACGUAGAGUUUCACGCCUGAAGAUCAUGAAUAUGGUAUGGGACGUAGUUGACGGUUUUGAGGAUCGAUUACUGAAAUUGCCAGUAUUGGAUGCAUAUUUUGAAAUUUUGGCAAAGUAUCAAGCAGUGCUUGAUACCUUCCAAAAAGAAGCAAAGACUAUUACAUUGAAGGACAUUAUCACCUAUAUUGAAUCAAAGGAUUGUGUUGAGGUUACAGAACAGAUCAUUGAAUACUUCAAGCAAUUUAAUAUGAACAACAGAUUACUUAGCACAAUUGAUAUUGAAAAGAACCAUGCAAGAAUAGACUUUAUUGAGUAUUUCUUGUAUAUUAAUAACAACAAAGAAGCGAAUGUCAAUGUAUUAGGUCCGCAACUAAAUGAACAGUUCCAACUCUUCAGGAAUGAUUCGUCAAAAGUGGCUCCUCCUCUUCGCUACACUUUUAGUCAGAUACGAUCCUAUUCUGCAUUUGCCGAACCCUGCAAACAUCGUUCUGGUAAAAAAGGAAAGGUGACUGAAGUAAAACCCGAAAAAGGUUAUGGGCUCAAAGAGAACAUAGAGAUCUUAGCAAAUACAAUGUUUUUCUUAGAGGUUAAUUCGAAGUAG